AUGAUUGGGAGCGCCAGGCCGCUCGCGGCGCCGCUGCAGCCGCCGUCCCCCGCCGGUCGCCGCCUCGCCCCAUUGUUCUGCGCCCCUGACUCCUCUCCAGCUCUCACCCGCGCCGUCGAGAGCCCAGGCCAGUCUCAGUCUGACGUCGCCCCGCCACCACGCCCGGAUGAGGUCGCCUCGUCCCUCGCGCGGCGAGCGAGCCCGCAGCUCAGUCGGUGGUCCCGCUUGCGGACGCUGCGGUCGAACCGCCGGCCUGGACUGGACCGCUCGGUGCUCUCCUCGGCCUCGUCCUCGGCCUCGGCGCCGCCGGUGACCAAGACGUCGCGGCCCGAGGACGCUGCGGUGGCGGUGGAGGAUGGCGAGGACGACGUCGUGUCGAACGGGAAGUCCAUCUACAUAGUGUCGGAUGGGACCGGGUGGACCGCGGAGCACUCGGUGAGCGCCGCGCUCGGACAGUUCGAGCACUGCUUCGUCGACCGCGGCUGUGCUGUCAACACCCACCUCUUCUCCAUGAUUAACGACAUGGAUCGAAUUCUUGAGGUAAUAAAGCAAGCAGCAAAGGAAGGGGCACUGGUUCUAUAUACCCUUGCUGAUCCUUCAAUGGCCGAGUCAGCUAAGAAGGCCUGCGAUUUCUGGGGUGUUCCAUCCACUGAUGUUCUUCGGCCUACUGUUGAAGCCAUUGCUUCUCAUAUGGGUGUUGCUCCAUCUGGAAUUCCACGAAGCUCUCCUAGUCGACCGUGUCAGCUAACAGAGGAUUACUUUCGACGGAUUGAUGCUAUCGAUUUUACCAUCAAACAAGAUGAUGGGGCACAGCCAGAGAACCUCAACCGUGCAGACAUUGUACUUGCCGGCGUUUCACGUACAGGGAAGACACCAUUGUCAAUAUAUCUAGCCCAAAAGGGAUACAAGGUAGCAAAUGUCCCAAUUGUGAUGGGAGUGAAUCUUCCAAAAUCCCUUUUUGAGAUCAGCCAAGACAAGAUUUUUGGAUUGACAAUAAACCCAGUGGUUCUUCAAGCAAUUAGAAAGACUAGGGCCAAAGCUCUAGGUUUUGGUGAUGGGCAGAGCAAUUAUGCUGAAAUGGAUCAUGUGAGGCAGGAACUGCUCCAUGCAAAUCAAAUUUUUGCUCAAAAUGCAAUGUGGCCAGUCAUUGCGGUCACUGGAAAAGCUAUAGAGGAAACAGCUGCUGUCGUUGUGAGGAUUUACCUUGACAGGAAACAGAAGUACUCCAUGCCACGCAUAUCAAAACGGUACUAG